UAAAUCCCUCUCCGGGAGUCACUACAAAUACCAUCUCCUCCCUCACAAUGCGCAUCAAAAGCAAUCCAUCCUGCCGUUGAGCCCGAUCCUCUCUACGACCAUGCCGCCUGCCGCUGAUAUGACCAGGACUGAGGACUCCACCGAUGCAGUCACCGAAGUAACACCUCUGCUGGCUGCCGCCGAAUCUGGAACUCCCGCGUCUUACAACGGCGGGAACAAUAGCAAAGCCGCCGCGGAGCAGAAUGCCGGAUCAACCGACGACGAAGAGGAGCCUCCAAUGCCAGUCGUUCAAAUCUUGCUCCUCUGCUACGCCUCGCUCGCCGAGCCGGUGGCAUACUUCAGCAUCUUCCCAUUCGUCAACGAGAUGAUCGAACGUACUGGAUCGGUUCCAGUUUCCUCCGUGGGCUUCUAUGCAGGACUGAUCGAGUCACUCUUCUCGCUCGUUCAGAUGAUCCUCAUGAUCCUCUACGGCCGCAUGGCGGAUCGCAUUGGGAGGAAGCCCGUGCUGGUCUUCAGUCUUGCUGGCGUGACCAUCGCGACGGCGAUGUUUGGCCUGAGUAGGACUCUGUGGCAGAUGAUCAUGUUUCGAUGUGUGGCAGGUCUCUUUGCGGGAAGUGUGGUCACCGUCCGGACGAUGCUGAGUGAGAACACGACCAAGCUCACGCAGGGAAAAGCAUUUGCGUGGUAUUCUUUUGCGAGGAAUAUCGGACUGUUCAUCGGACCCUUGGUCGGUGGAGGUCUGGCCAACCCUGCGAAGCUGUAUCCCGGCACAUUCGGAGGUGUACAGUUCUUCGAGGACUACCCCUAUUUCCUGGCCACAUUCGUUGCCGGUCUCGUCUGCCUGACAUCGGCGCUAUCAAGCCUCUUCUUCCUGAACGAGACCCUCAAGACAGCCUCGGCCUCGGACGACUCCAAGCCAGCUCCACCUCUCACGACCACCGAGGUACUGAACGCGCCCGGCGUCAAGAUGGUGCUAUACAUCUUCGCUCACGUCGGAGUGCUCGCACUUGGCUACACGGCGCUUAGCCCUGUCUACCUCUACACUCCCAUCCACCUCGGAGGUCUGCACUUCAGCCCCGAACAAAUCUCCUGGUUCAUUGCGCUCGCCGGCUUCUCCCAAGCGCUGUGGAUGCUCUUCGCAUUCCCGCCUCUGCAGCGAACGCUUGGGACAGGCACGGUUCUUCGCAUUUGCGCUGCCGGCUGGCCGUUCAUGAUGGCGGUGUAUCCACUGCUGAACGAGUUCGCACGACGAGGCUGGUUCACGGCGAUGUGGACUGUUGGAGCUGGCAAUAUCAUAUUGGGUAGUGGAGUCGCAAUGGCGUUUGCCUGCGUACAGCUCUGCCUCAACGAUGUGUCGCCAUCUCCGACAGUGCUGGCCACAGUCAACGCCAUUGCCCUGACCGUGAACUGUGGCGUGCGAGCCAUAGCUCCCGCGCUCUUCACAACCAUCUAUGCUUUCGGCAUCAAGCUAGGCUGGGCAGAUGGUCAUCUUGCAUGGUUUCUCGUCGUGGCCAUUGCGUUGGGGUUGAACGUGGCCACACGAUACUUGCCCGAGGCAGCCGAGGGCAGACCAGUGGUGAAGGUGAAGCACGUUGAUCACGCGAAUGAUGACCUCCUUUCACGGGCCCCAUCGAGCGAUAUGAGUGAGACCAGCGCCCUUGCAGUGCUGAUGCCCAUUCUCAUCUUCCUGCCGUCGCUCUCGCUGUCGAUCACAGUCGGUGUCGUUGUGCUUGACUACGUCGUCUGCUCUGUCACAGCCAUGUAA